UAAGUUAGUCUGUGAAAUCUUCCGGCUGAGAGGGCUGAAAAUUUUGACGGCUAAAAACUUCCGCUGCAAUAUCAGUUCCAUUUCCAUCGAGUGUAUUCCGAGUAUCGUUUAAUCAGGACGCGAACAAUGGCUGCGAGAUUGAUGAGCGCCCAGGCACAGGUGUGCCGACUGGGCAAGCAUGUGGUGGCUGAAGCGCCAGUGGUGCGCCAGUUCCACGCCUCCUGCUACACCGCCUCCAAGGUGGCCCUGUCCAAGUUCGACUCGGACGUCUUCCUGCCGUACGAGAAGCUGAACAAGCGCCUGGAAGUGGUGCGCGGUCGCCUGAACCGCCCACUGACGCUCUCCGAGAAGGUGCUGUACUCGCAUCUGGACGAUCCCGCCAACCAGGACAUCGUGCGCGGCACCUCCUAUCUGCGCCUGCGUCCCGAUCGCGUGGCCAUGCAGGAUGCCACCGCCCAGAUGGCCUUGCUGCAGUUCAUCUCCUCCGGCCUGAAGAAGGUGGCUGUGCCCUCGACGGUGCACUGUGACCAUUUGAUCGAGGCCCAGGUCGGUGGACCCAAGGAUUUGGCCCGCGCCAAGGAUCUGAACAAGGAGGUCUACGACUUCUUGGCCAGUACCUGCGCCAAGUACGGCCUGGGCUUCUGGAAGCCAGGCAGUGGCAUCAUCCACCAGAUCAUCCUGGAGAACUACGCCUUCCCCGGCCUGCUGAUGAUCGGCACUGACUCGCACACCCCCAACGGUGGCGGUCUGGGAGGCCUGUGCAUUGGCGUUGGUGGCGCCGAUGCCGUCGACGUGAUGGCCGACAUCCCCUGGGAGCUGAAGUGCCCCAAGGUGAUCGGCGUCAACCUGACCGGCAAGAUCAGCGGCUGGACCUCGCCCAAGGACGUUAUUCUGAAGGUGGCCGACAUCCUGACCGUCAAGGGAGGCACUGGUGCCAUUAUUGAGUACCACGGCAAGGGUGUGGACUCCAUCUCCUGCACGGGCAUGGCCACCAUCUGCAACAUGGGUGCCGAGAUCGGUGCCACCACCUCGCUGUUCCCCUUCAACCAGCGCAUGGCCGAUUACCUGAAGUCCACCGGCCGCGCUGGCAUCGCCUCCGAGGCCCAGAAGUACCAGGGCAAGAUCCUCUCGGCCGACAAGAACUGCGAGUACGACGAACUGAUCGAGAUCAACCUGGACACCCUGGAACCCCAUGUCAACGGACCCUUCACUCCCGAUCUGGGCCACCCCAUCAGCAAACUGGGCGCCAACUCGAAGAAAAACGGCUACCCUCUGGACAUCCGUGUGGGUCUCAUUGGCUCCUGCACCAACUCCUCGUACGAGGACAUGGGUCGCUGCGCCAGCAUCGCCAAGGAUGCCAUGAGCCAUGGCCUCAAGUCGAAGAUUCCCUUCAAUGUGACCCCCGGAUCGGAGCAGAUCCGCGCCACCAUCGAACGGGACGGCAUCUCCGAGGUGUUCGACAAGUUCGGCGGCACCGUGCUGGCCAACGCCUGCGGUCCCUGCAUCGGACAGUGGGAUCGCCAGGACGUGAAGAAGGGCGACAAGAACACGAUCGUCACCUCGUACAACCGCAACUUCACCGGCAGGAACGACGCCAACCCGGCCACCCACUGCUUUGUCACCAGUCCCGAGCUGGUCACCGCCCUGUCCAUCGCCGGCCGCUUGGACUUCAACCCGCUGACCGACGAGCUCACCGGAUCCGAUGGCAAGAAGUUCAAGCUGAAGGCUCCCUUCGGCGACGAGCUGCCCGCCCAGGGCUUCGACCCCGGCCAGGACACUUACACUGCUCCCCCAGCUAGCGGCGAGAACGUCAAGGUGGCUGUCGAUCCCAAGUCGACCCGCCUGCAGCUGCUGGAGCCCUUCGACAAGUGGAACGGCAAGGAUCUGGAGGACCUGACCGUGCUGAUCAAGGUCAAGGGCAAGUGCACCACCGACCACAUCUCCGCCGCCGGACCUUGGCUGAAGUACCGUGGCCAUCUGGACAACAUCUCCAACAACAUGUUCAUUGGCGCCACCAACUACGAGAACAACGAGAUGAACAACAUCAAGAACCAGCGCAACGGCUCCUGGGGCGGAGUUCCCGACGUGGCCCGCGACUACAAGGCCAACGGCAUCAAGUGGGUGGCCGUCGGCGAUGAGAACUACGGCGAGGGCUCGUCCCGCGAGCAUGCCGCUUUGGAGCCACGCCACCUGGGUGGCCGUGCCAUCAUCGUCAAGUCCUUUGCCCGUAUCCACGAGACCAACCUGAAGAAGCAGGGUCUGCUGCCCCUCACCUUUGCCAAUCCCGCUGAUUACGAUAAGAUCCAGCCCACGAGCAAGAUCUCCCUGCUCAACCUGAACUCCCUGGCGCCUGGAAAGCCCGUGGAAUGCGAGGUCAAGAACGGCAGCAAGGUCGACAAGAUCACGCUGAACCACACCCUGAACGACCUGCAGAUCGGCUGGUUCAAGGCUGGCAGCGCCCUCAACCGCAUGAAGGAGCUGGCCCAGUAAAUGGUCCUGGACCUACUUAAGAUCCCCUGUCCAGAACUCCGAUCCUAGCCCCUGCUCCCAGUAGGCGAACACACUCAGACUCACAACGCAAGCAAUCGAGUUAUGGUAUUGUUAUUCAAUUUUUUUCAAAUUGUUUAUAUUUUCUAUUUUGAGUAUAUCGAGUGUGCUGUUUUAAAAGUGAAUUAUGUAACCGAAUGAUGGCGAGAAUUUGUAAGAGUUUUAUAUAUAUAAUUAUACACAAUAUUAUUUUAAUUCUUGCUAUGAAUGUUUCCUUCGAUUUUGUUCUUUUCGAAUUUGUCUAAAUGCUCUGCAGAUUGCCUCGACGAUGAAGAUGAUUAAGUGCGAAUAAAACUCAAAGUAAUACGUAUUAAA